AUGUCGUGCUACCGCAUCGCACCUAACUCGAUCACGAUGGAGUACACUUGUCAGGCCAACAAGGCCAAGUACGAUUGCAGCGCGCCGCGCAGCAGGAAGGAGUACAUGCAGCACUUACAGACUUGCCACUACGUCUGUGAACAGUGCAAGUACUUUUGGACCAAGAAGGAAGGAUACCAUGAGCACCGGGAAGAGAUGCACCGCGAUUCUGCAGACUCGCAGCUGUAG